AUGACAGAGGCCGGCAGCAUUAACACAAAAGAAAUCAUCAUCGUCAUCGUCAUUUGUGUGUUCAUCAGCAUUGCUUUCUACAACGUUCUCGAACUCACAGUUUCAAUCUUUACUUCUUUCAAGAGACGCUCCGGAUUGUAUUUUUGGAGUAUCUUAAUUGCAACAUGGGGCAUAGCUUUCAAUGGCACCGGCUAUCUACUAAGACACCUGUCCUUGACGACCAAGCCCAUCAUCUACGCUACCCUUAUUCUCAUCGGCUGGUGUUCAAUGAUCACGGGACAAUCAGUUGUAUUAUACUCACGACUGCACAUUGUUGUACAUGACCGGAAACGUCUGCGACUAGUGCUUUACAUGAUAAUUGCCGACGCAAUCUGGCUGCAUAUCCCGAUCAUCAUCCUGGUUUAUGGAGUAAACUCGGCGAAUCCGGAACCAUUCGAAACCCCUUAUCAGAUCUUUGAAAAGAUCCAGCUCACUGUCUUCUUCGUGCAAGAGAUCAUCAUUUCUGCACUAUACGUUUGGGAAACAACCAAACGCGUACGCCUAAUGAACAGCAUCGGUGAUGGUCGCGCCAAAAAGGUCAUGAGCCACCUGAUCUGGGUGAAUAUUCUGGUCAUUCUUCUCGACGUUACGAUCCUGGCCCUCGAGUUCACCAAUCUGUAUGAUAUCCAGACGGCUUGGAAGCCUCUAGCAUACAGCGUUAAACUGAAGCUAGAGUUCAGCAUUCUCAAUCUGCUGGUCGAAGUCACACGAGGGGCCUCGAACAAUAGCGCCUACGUGCGCAGUCAAGGGAAUGCACAAGGUCAUGAUGUCGCACUCGAGACAUUCAACGGCGAAAGGUCAAGACACUUCGCUAACACCGAAGAGCCCGAGUAUGAGGUUCGUAUUGGGAAAGGGGACACAAACUAUCCAGCGAACAACGAGUACCCGACAAGGACAACCGAGAUUACAAUACACACCCAAUCGAAGCAACAACAUAGUGGCCAAGAUAGCGACAAUAUCAGCGAAGGGCCAGACAAGGAAAGAGAAGGAGAUGUCUGUUCAACCUCUUCUAAAGUACAGUUCGCGAGAUAUUAG